GUAUUCUGGGUCCUCACACUGCUUAGUGGCGGCGCACAGGGGAGCCUGCCAGGGAAAGACUGUUUCAUUUCCUCUCGUUAGCAUAUUAAAUCAAUGCUUUUCAGGCGAGACGCUUUGUGACAACUUAUAAAACGAACUUAUUUUCACAUCUUUAAGACUAAAACAUUUUCCAGUGGAGAUAAGCCGUAGCUAGUUAGCUUUGUUUGCCUCCCACUAAUUGGGAUUAGCUCACGAUAGCUAGCUAGCUAGCCAUCAAGCUAACAACAACAAUAACAACCUCCACCGGCAGGCUAACAGCAAUAAUAAGGCAUCACCACCGCACGCUUCGGAUUCAGGACUAACGGACAGACGGACUCUGGUAAAGGGGGACUGUGUUUAGCACGGAGAGAUCCACUACGGAGCUUUAACGAGUGGGUCAGGAGCUUGAUCGGUGAAGCCAUUCUUUACCACCGUACCACGUCUAUCGGACCUGUGAUCAUCGAUCAGGGACCAUGGCAGAGUCUAGCGCCUCCAUCGAGGUCACGGUCAAGACGCUGGACUCUCAGAGCAGGAGCUACAAAGUCAAGGGCGAGUUGACAGUGAGAGAGUUUAAGGAACACAUUGCCACAUCUGUCGAGAUCCCGGUCGAUAAACAGAGGCUGAUCUACCAAGGAAGGGUGUUGCAAGAUGAGAGAACCUUGAUUGAUUACAACGUGGAUGGGAAAGUGAUUCAUCUGGUGGAGCGGGCGCCGCCCCAGCCGGGCUCCUCCGGCUCCGGGGGUGCGGGGUCGUCUACAGGGGGUGAUACAGGGCCCAGCACCAGCCACUCCUCCACCACAACGCAGGGCAUACCUCAUGACCGCAACGGGAACAGCUACGUAAUGCUGGGGACCUUCAAUCUCCCCGUCAACAUCAUGGAUCCUCAGCAGAUACAGAUGUCCGUCCAGCAGAUGAUGGCUGGCGUCGGCGAGGCCGGGAGGGCGUCCCGGGUCAGCACCAACACCGGGAGCAACGGGUCGGUAGACGUCCACAUCAACAUGGACCAGUCGGUCCAGAGCGAGCCCAGGAUGCGGCUCCAGCUGGCGGAGAACAUGCUGAGGGACGCCCAGGCUCUGAUCGGCAGGCUGGAGGGUCCGCCCAGUGACCCGGCCCCUGCACCCGAGACGGAUCCGUCCCAGCCCUCCCCCGGGGCCGGGGCGACCCCCUCCCAGCCCAUGGACACCACCACUCUGCCUGCCCCGGCUCCACCCUCAUCCUCCUCCACCUCCUCCACCCAAACAGAGGCUCCAGCCCCGCCGGGCUCCAACCACCCGAGCCCCGCAGAGUUUGUGGAGGUGCUGUCGGAGGUGAGGCGGGUGGAGGAGCGGCUGCGGCCGUUCAUCGAGAGGACCCACUCCAUCCUGGGGACGGCCACGCUGGCCGACUACAACAACAACAUGCGCGAGCGGGAGGAGGACCAGCGGACGCUCAACGGGGUCGGAGACACCCUGCGUCUCCUUGGCAACAGCUUGAUUGCCCUCGGCGAUCUGCGCUGCAACCUCACCACCAACCCCCCGCGGCAUCUCUAUGUGGUUCGGCCCAUGGCCCAUUACGCCUCUCCUGUGCUCCUGCAGGCGGGCCUGCCUCACAUGCCCAUCCCAAUCAACCUGGGGACCACCGUGACCAUGACGUCUAACGGACGCCCCGCAGCAGAAGGGCAGGCGCAGCCCCCGCACACCGCCGGCCAAUCAGAGCAGCAGGGCCCCGGCCAGGCCCCGCCCCCCCAGCCAAACGCCACCACCAACCAGAUGCCGGGGGGGGGGGCGGGGCAAGGGGGUCCCCGGGUGAUCCGAAUCACCCACCAGACCCUGGAGCCUGUGGUCAUGAUGCAGAUGAACAUCGACGGGGACUCUGCUGGCGGGGCGGGACAGGCCACCGGGGCCGCUGGUCAGCCCGGGGCCACACCCAUCCACAUCCCGGGGCUGCCCCCAGAGUUCAUGCAGGCCAUCGUGCAGCAGAUCUCCCACCAGGCGGCCGCCAUGGCGGCGGCGGCGGCCGCGGGGGGCCACCCCGCUCACAUGCACCCGGGGGCCACGCCCGGGGCCCCGCCGCCCGCCACCGCCGCCGCGCCCGGCCCCGAGGGGACCGCCGCGCCCCAGCAGCCCCCGCUGCCCACGCAAGCCCGCGUGGUGAUCACCCGGCCCGCCUUCGCCCCGCAGGGCCCCCAGCCCCUGGGGACCCGCGGGGCCACCAUCAACCUGAGGCCGGCGGCCCCCGGGGCGGCAGGGCCUCAGCCAGGGGCCCAGCAGACCCUGGGCCCCUCCCCUCUCAGCCAGAUGAUCAGCGGCCUGGUGGGACAGUUCCUGCUCCCGGGGCAGACAAGCGACCCAGCGUCCCCCUUCUCCUCUUCCCACUCCCACUCCUACUCCUUCUCCACCUCUUUAUCAGAUCCCUCCUUCGCCUCCACCCCGGCUCCUCCUCCUCCUCCUCCGCCUCCCUCUGCCAACCUGUCGGGCCACACCACCUCCUCCUCCUCCUCCAGCAGCAGCAGCAGCUCCUCCACCUCCUCCGCCCGGCCCCCAGCUGAAGGGCUCCCCGAGGGCCAUCUGGCCCAGCUGCUGGGCUCCCUGCUGGGGGGCCCGGCGGGGGUCGCGGGCGGGGCCCCGGCCAUCACCGUCACCCUGCCCGGCAUGCCCGGCAGCUUCUUCCAGGGCAUGUCGGACUUCAUGCAUCCCUCCUCAGCGUCCGCCGGCCCCCCGGCCCCCCCGGCCCCGGGCGCCCCCCCGGCCCCGGCCCCUGGCGGCGUGGGGGACACCCUGAGCCCCGAGCUGUUCACCGGGAUCGUCCAGGGCGUGCUGUCCACCAUGAUGGGCUCCCUGGGGGCCCAGCAGGGCACGGGCGAGAGCAUCGCCCACUUCAUCCAGAGGCUGUCCCAGACCAGCAACCUGUUCACGCCCGGCUCCGGGGACGCCGUCGGCUUCUUCGGGGACCUGCUGUCCCUGGUGUGCCAGAGCUUCUCCAUGGUGGACAUGGUGCUGCUGCUGCACGGCAACGCUCAGCCGCUGAGCCGCAUCCAGCCCCAGCUCAACGCCUUCUUCACCCAGCACUGCCUCCAGGGCCGCCCGCCCACCGACGCCAACAUCACCACGGCGGCGGAGGAGCUGAUCAACGGCCUGGAGGAAUACAUCGUGGAGAGCUUUGCCACCGUAGCGGUGCGCGACGGAGUGGACGUCAUCCAGACCAACAUGUCCUUCCUCAGACAGCAGUUCACGCGCAUGGCCGUGCACAUCCUGCGCUGCAACGACCAAACCUUCGGGCCCCGCCUGCUGCUGCAGUGCACCCAGGGCCUGUUUGAGUGCCUGGCCCUCAACCUGUACUGCCUGAACGGGGAGCAGAGAGCGCUGACCGCCGUCAUCAACCACCGCAUUAGAACCAUGUCGGCCGAGGUCAACCCCAGCCUGGUCAACUGGCUGACCAGCAUGAUGUCCAUGAGGCUGCAGGUCAUCCUGGAGCACAACCCUGUGACGGAGCAGCACAUCCAGCACUACGUCGUCCGCCCCCGGCAGAAUGACCCGACCAGCUCCGCCCCGAUGUGUGAGGCAGCAGCCGCCCCCCCGCAGAACCUCAGCGGUGUGGAGCAGAUGGAGGAGGGCCUCUCUCCGCCCUCCUCCACCCCGGGGGAGGAGGCCAUGGCCGUGGUGGCGGAGGGCAGCCGGGACGCCCCGGCGCCGCCCCCCGGGGAGCGGGCGCCGUCCCGCAGGGUGCUGGUGAUGGGCGGGGACAUCCCGGUGCCGGUCCUGGCAGGACGGGACCGGCCCGGACCGGACGUGGAGCCCUGGGCCGCUGGCGUGCCCCCGGAGUGGGUGCCCAUCAUCAGGCACGACAUGCUGUCUCAGAGGAAGAUCAAAGCGCAGCCGCCGCUGUCCGACGCCUACCUCCACGGAAUGCCCGCCAAGAGGAGGAAGACCUCCCAGGGGGAGGGGCCCCACCUGUCCCUGUCCGACGCGGUGAGCCGAGCGGCCCGCUCCGCGGGGGCCCGGCCCGUCACGGCGCCCAACAGCCUGCAGGGGGAGCUGGAGACGCCGGAGCUGCAGGAGGCGUACACAGAGCAGGUGAAAUGUGACCUCAAGGAGCGAGUGAGGGAAGACCCCGACUACAGCUCUCAGCGGUUCCCCAACACCAACCAGGCGUUCUCAUUGGAGGAUUGACGCUGUGGAUCCUCCAUGGCGUCUUAAUCCACCACACACGAAGACUCAGAGCAGAGAUCUCGCCAAAGAGGAGCAGUGAACAGUGCGGGACAGUGUAUCAGACGCUAUUUGUUUAGCUUAAUGUUAGCAGUGGGUUGAUUCUUUAAACCAGUGUUUUUGAAAAACGUAUCAUUCCAUCCUACGUGGCAAAUGUUCAUUGUAUAAUAUACGUGUAAGAUUUAAUUGUAAAUUAGCACAAAUUGUAUAUGGUAACUGUGACAUGAUUGCCAUAGUUCUGUUAAUUUCCAUGUCAAGCAAUCUGUGUUGCUCGCCAUGUAACAUUUAUAUUGCUUAAUCGCUCUUUACUGUAUCACGGCGAUGCACAUCACAAUAUGCUCUUUGUAUUUUUUAGUAAGCUAAAAGAUGACCCUCAUGUUGGUGUCCAUUUUUAAUUGAGUAGAUCCAUGAAUUAAUUGAGUAGAGCCAUGAAUCUUUGGAGGGUCAGAACUAUUCUAGCAUGAUGUAACGGUGCCACUGGACGCACCUGUCUUUAAUGCUAAUGCUCCUUUUAUUUUCAACAAGCACAGCAGAAUCUUUCACGUUUGAUUUUAUUUUUUAUCAACCAUGAAUGCAUAGUCUGCACUUGUGAAUAGUGCUCUUAAAAUAAAGUUCCAAAUCAUU